UGAGUCAUUCUCGAUGAAUAAUUCAAUUGUAAUGGCGUUCACACUUGUAUUAUUGUGACGUCUUGUUUCACGUCCGUUGACUUUGGAUGACUUGUUUUACUUUUGUUGAGACUUUUUCGUUGAAAGUGAGAAAGUCAAAUCUUUCAGCUUUCAGAAAUUCGUUUGUACACAGAUUUAAGGUUCUUCCCUAUAAAGAAACUUGUAGGAAUGCUUUCUCGUCUUGGAGACUCGAGUAUGGAAGUCAGUCCAAUUUUUCCGUUCCUUCGACCUCUUUGGCCACAGAACAGCACAUAGUUUCGUCGAGCUCUUCAGCUUUGAAAGAGAAACUAGUUGAGAAAGGGCAAAAGUACAAAGUGAAACCCAUCAAGAAGGUUCUCGUUGCGAAUAGAGGUGAAAUAGCUGUAAGGAUCAUACGAAGUUGUCGAGAAAUGGGUAUAGAAACAGUUGCCAUAUAUUCAACCGCAGAUCGAAAUGCUUUGCACGUUGCGCUGGCAGAUGAAACUGUAUGUAUUGGUGAACCUUCCAGUAAGAAGUCGUAUUUGGACAUCACCAGUGUUCUCGCAGCCGCGGAGAUAACAGGAUGUUUGACAACAGGUGCCGAUGCAGUUCAUCCCGGGUACGGUUUCCUAAGUGAAAACUCUGUUUUUUCUUCUUCCUGUGAAGAGAUGGGCGUAACAUUUAUCGGACCCUCACCUUUUGCCAUCGACAAGAUGGGAGACAAGUCCACUGCAAAGGAGACUAUGUUGAACGCCGGCGUUCCUUGUGUUCCGGGUUCAAAUGGGAUUUUGUCGGACGCUGAAGAAGCCGUUAGGAUAGCUGAAAAUAUAGGUUAUCCAGUUCUUCUGAAGGCAACUGCUGGGGGCGGUGGAAGAGGAAUAAAGCUUGCACGCAAUUCUGAAGAGUUGCGUUCACUGUAUCAAAUGUGUUCAGCAGAAGCACAAGCGGCCUUUGGUAAUGGGAAACUUUAUUUGGAAAAAUUCGUAGAAGCUCCUCGUCAUGUAGAGAUACAAGUGUUUGCUGAUAAGUAUGGAAAUGCAAUCCAUUUGGGAGAAAGGGAUUGUUCCAUCCAACGAAGAAACCAAAAGUUAGUGGAAGAAGCACCAUGUCCAGUAAUGACUGAAGAACUGAGAGCCAAGAUGGGAGAGGCUGCAGUCAAUGCAGCCAAGGCAAUCAAUUAUUGUGGUGCUGGUACUGUGGAGUUUUUAUUGUCAGCAGCUGGAGAGUUUUAUUUCAUGGAAAUGAAUACAAGGAUUCAAGUAGAGCAUCCUAUUACAGAACAAAUAACUGGAAUAGAUAUUGUGCAACUGCAGUUACAAAUAGCAGAAGGACGUCCACUUCCUUAUAGACAGUCCGAUAUCAACUUGAAAGGCCAUGCCAUCGAAGUCCGUGUCAAUUGUGAAGAGCCAAAAGACAAUUUUCGGCCUGUACCUGGCCAAGUCUCUUCUUUGUUUGUUCCUGGUGGAUUAGGAAUUCGCUGGGACAGCCAUAUAUAUCCUGGAUAUACCAUUGCGCCUAAUUACGACAGCAUGAUCGGAAAGUUGAUUGUUUGGGGACCUACGAGGGAUCAGGCUAUUCGCAAAAUGAAACGCGCAUUAAAUGAAAUGAACAUUGUGGGUGUUCCGUCUACCAUACCAUUACACAGAGCUAUCUUUAAUAAUGAGAAAUUCAUUCAAGGCAAGGAAAUCUACACGAACUUUAUAGAGACGGAAGACAUCUUGUCGCAAGUAGUUGGAUAAAGUUUAAUGGCGAAUUGACUACAACAUAAUAAAUCUUAUGUUUUUUGUUCUCAAA